ACAGGGGAGGUGGCUGACUGACUGCACACAGCAGAGCAUGAGGCCGGUAGCUUACUGCUUCGCUGCCCUAUGCUAGCUCUCACACACACUCACUGGCUUCUGCUCACCCUGACACACACGCACACACACGCCUUCCUCCCUCUCUCACUGUCGCAGACUCACACUGGUUGGUCCCCUCCCAUGCUUGCUGCCUCUCUAUUUCCCUCAGUGUCAUACACACUCACACACACACGCAUGCACAUGGGAGCACACACACACAGAGUCAGUCACCGGCAACUCUCAUUCAACUCUCUCUCAGCCACGGGUCAGCAGCUCAGACAGGCAACUUGUUUCUAUCCAGCUGGAAAGAGCAGAGCAGCGCAAGACCACUGAAGAAGACUUCAGCUCAGGGAGGCACCAGAAGGAUCAGAAUCAAAGAUGGACUUGAGAGAGUGGACUUCAUGUCAGGAGCUGAACGCGUGAUUUCAAAGCUGAAGAUGACAACCAGAGACUUGCUUUCAACCCAAAGUGGAGACUGACUAUCAGUGACAUCCAGAGGAUCUGUUGUGAUUACCAUUCCCCUCCCUUCGCUGUCCAGGACUCCCACCCUCCACACUGACAUCUCUUGAUCACCAGCAUGCCUACAGCUUGCACAAGGUGCACCUUGGGAGCCUAACCCACCAUGUGCAGAUGGAUGACAUCCGCAGCUCAUCUUUGCCCUGAACUUACUUACAGAACAGCCACCACUGCCUCCUCCACUGGGACGCUCAUCCCCCAGCCCAGUGCAUCCUCCUUUGCCCUGGUAUGCCUCACCCUGCUCUUGGUCACCGCUGGCAGCGGAGCCUGUCCUCCUCGAGCAGGGCAUGAACCCCUUCAGGGGCUGGGGAGUGGCACCAACUGUUCAUGGACUUUGGAAAGGCACACUCGUAGUUACAAUCACCUGGAAGGUGACGUCAGACUGCGGCGGCUUUAUUCUGCCAACAAGUUCUUCCUCUGCAUUGACAAAACAGGAAAAGUGGAUGGCACCAGGCGAAAAAACUAUGCCGACAGCUUGAUGGAAAUCCGAUCUGUCAGUGUGGGAGUUGUUGCCAUCAAAUCUGUCAGUACUGGCCUGUACUUAGCAAUGUCCAAGAAAGGCACACUCUUUGGAUCGGUGAAGUACAGCCCAAGCUGCAAGUUCAAAGAACGCAUUGAGGAAAACGGCUACAACACGUACGCCUCGCUUCGCUGGAAGCACGGCGGCAGGCAGAUGUUUGUUUCUCUGAAUGGACGCGGGAAACCACGACGAGGUCACAAGGCUCGGCGAAGGCACCCGUCCACCCACUUCCUGCCCAUGCUUCCCUCCUAGGCGCGUCUGAACUCUUCCAGGCAGCUGCCUGGAGGUGACAACAAUCUUUCCUUUUUAUUUAUCCAUCCUCAUGCUACAUAAAUGUACAUUUGCUGAGCUCUGUAACAUUUUAGAGUUAGAAUAUCUGCUUCCUAAGUUAUUUUCUGCAUAUUCUAAUGAGGUUAAUAUAAUACAGUGCAGUCCGACAAAAAAAAAAAAAAAAAAGAAAUUGUGUUUUUCUUCACAGUUUCCACAUUUGUGUGUGUGUGAAAACUGCAUCAAAAGAUGUGAGAGGCAUUAUGUCUACAGAUAGAUAUAAAGAGAAAGAGCAAUCAGAAAAUUGUUUUAAAUCAGAGGGAAAGGUGAAGACACUGGGGCUUUACUCUUUUCAUUUUCAAACAGGUUCGAAGACAUCAAAAUCUUAAACCAUACACAUCAUUCAGUUUUAGGGUUUAUCACAGAUUAUGUGAAUAACCUUCAAAUUAAGAUUAUGUGAUGCAAUAAUAGUCACUUCUUUAAAAAAUAAAUAAAUAAAACAACAAAUAAAAAUAUAUGAAAACAUGUUGCAUAAGAAAAAUUACAUCAUAAGGUGCAAAAUAAUUCUACAUAUUGCAUCUAGUAGUAGUUCACUUUGUUACGCACUACUUCAUACAUUGGUGAACGAUUGUAUUAAACCAUUUUUAUGUCAAAUUUGGUAUUUCUCACUUUAUAAGUCAAAUCACAGUUUAAAAAGAGGAACGAGUUGAAUCUAAGAGGUCAUGUAAAAAAAUAAAUAAAUCUGACUGUAGGGGUUUGGUGCUGGCCAUUUUUCCCCUUUGUUAUUUCAUAUGUUUUUAGUUUUGUUCAGUUAAAAAAGAAAGAAAUGGUGUAAAACAGAACAUCUUCCAGGGGACGUUUCAUACUGACCCUACAUCUAACAGAACGUGAGGUAAUCAAAGAGCUGAUAUCAUUUAAUACCCUUUGUAUACUUUUGUGUAUUUCUGUCAGACUACAUCUAACUCUCAGCCAAUAGACGAUAGUUUAAAAGGCAGGAACAUAAACCAUACAGCAUGUCCCUAACUUGCUGGUACGGCACAUGGUUGUGCUGCAACACAAACAUGGUGUUCCAUAUGGAGCAGACUCCAUAAACCAUAUACCACCUAUAAACAUUCAAACUGAGUAUUAAAUAGUUUAAUCCAUACUGCCUCUCUGUAAAGACUUGCUAACCCUAGAAAACACGACUGUUGCUGAUAGAACAUUUAAUAUAUUUAACACUAUUCUUAGUCUUUAACUCUUAAAGUUGAAGUGUAUUGUUAUUUUUGACUCUUUUGUCGGACUCCAAGCAAAAUAGCUAUAUUCAAGUUUUAUGUUUGGCUCAGUUUCUAUGAUAUUACUACUGGAUAUUGGUACAUUAGUGAUCCACAUACUGUAUGAAGCACAACUUAUUGGUCAGUUGUAUGUAAAGUUGCAUCCUUAGAAAACAAUCCUAAAAUCCAUUUAAACUAAGUCAUUUGAGUGCCUUCGUGCAAGAUGAGCUUGGUAAACCUAAAUAAAAUCUGCAAAACUCA